AUGCGACACAGUGUUGUGUCGUUUUUGGACCAUCCCGUUGGUUACGUUGCUGGCACCGCAGGCUCUGAAUACGCCACCUCGCUGCAGAUAUUUGCAGCCGUGACAAUCGGCUCAGAGGACACCUUCAUUCCUACGACUUCACAAAUCUAUGGCCUGUUUGUCGCGCUCAUCGUAUUCCACGCGUUGUUGUCAAGCCUUGCAACCAAGUUCGUCGCGCGUAUACAGUGGUUCUACCUCACCUUAAACAUCUUAGUCUUUCUCGUUUUACUUAUCGCGAUGCCAAUUGUGACCCCACCCGAAUUCAAGAACUCAGCGGCGUACGUAUUCGGGAACUUUGAGAAUUUAAUGCACUGGCCCAGCGGAUUCGCGUUUCUCCUCUCGUUCCUCGCUCCGGCCUGGACAGUCGGUGGCCUCGACUCCAGCGUCCAUAUUAGCGAAGAAGCAAGAAAUGCGAGCGUGGCUGUUCCAAGAACGAUAAUCAUGUCUACCGCCUUGGGAUCAUUCAACGUCGUUGUUUCCUUCAAUAUGGGCAAAGAUACGGCAACAAUUUUAUCAAAUCCUAUAGGCCAGUCGAUGGCGACUAUAAUUUUCAACAGUCUAGGACAGAAGGGUACCCUCACCGUGUGGAGUUUCAUCAUCGUGACUAUGUGUGCCAUCUUCCCGAAUAUGACGUCUAUGAACAUCCUCCUAGCAGCAUCUCGACAGAUGUUCGCCUUCUCUCGUGAUGGCGCCCUACCCUUCUCCAGCUUCUUAUACCGAAUAAAUGGGACCACUGGGACGCCCGUGGUCUGCGUGUUCUUCUGCGCAUUCAUGGCCAUGGUUCUCGGCCUUCUGUCCUUCGCUGGUCCCGUGGCUGUCGGCGCGGUGUUUACGAUGGGCGUUAUCUGCCAAUACAUCGCCUAUUCAAUCCCUAUUUCGGCUCGGCAUUUGGGAGGCCAAAUUUUCAAACCUGGGCCGUUCAGUCUUGGGCGUUUGAGCGCCCCGGUCUCAUUCACCGCAGUGGCCUUCAUGGCGUUAAUGAUCAUCUAA